AUGGCAUCCUUCGGCUGGAAGAGGAAAGCAGGCGAGAAGGUGUCCAAGUCAGCGGCUCUACAGUUCGAGGAAUCCGGCGUACCGGCGGCGGGGGCCACGGAACGCAACGGUGACGGAGGUAGAAGCGUGGACUGGCAGCAGGCCGUCAAACGACGCCGGGAGGUCCUGCUGGAGGACUGCGCCGCCAAGAGCAAGACAUUGAAGGAGGAGGGCGCCGUGCUGGCUCAGCAAAACAGGCACUGGGAGGCAGUUAAGAAGUGGGACGAAGCCAUACAGCUCACUCCAGAUGACCCGCUACUGUAUGAGAUGAAGGCUCAGGUGCUGACAACGCUGCGGGAGGUCUUUCCCGCCGUCAAGGCAGCAGAGACGGCGGUGAAGCUUAAGACUGUGUGGUGGGAGGCCUGGCAGACUCUGGGCCGCGCCCAACUGAGCAUGGGCGAAGUCGACAUGGCACUGAGGUCCUUCCAGGUGGCCGUCCACCUAUGCCCAUGGGAGCGCAGCCUGCGGGAGGACGACUUGGCAUGGGCGCGGACGCUGCAUCGGCAGAAGGCUACUGCCGGGGAGACCCUCGGAGAGCCCCCGGACAACCCGGAGCUCCACGGGGACUUUGACUUUGAGUCGGACGAAGUGCUGGAAGCGUGCGAAGCCAUCGCCAGGAGCCGGGCGAGCCACAACCAGAUGGGCCGCUUGAUGGUGGACAGCUCGGGGAAUGUCCUGGAAUCGGCGGGGGAACCGGCGGAUCCCUCGCCGGAAAACUUUAUUCAAAUGAGGAGACUCUGA